AUGCAAUGGAAGGACAGUGGGGUUGUUGGAGGCUUCCAACUCCGGAGGAAGCCUGUCACGCAGCAGGCGAAGGAGCACUCUGACGCCAAUGAAGGCCACUCAGAACGCGUCCCGGAUUCUUUCCCGAGACCUGAUAGUCCUGAACUGGCGCCUUAUCAAUCUCCAACCGAUUUUGGUCAGAAUCCCUGGCGAGUCAAUGAAGGCGGAUACCAGAGCGUUCCUGGAGCAGAGCACGACACCAAUGUCCACCAUUCGGAUACACGGGACAUUUCAUCACACCCUGCUACGACGGAGGACUGCAUUAAUCGUGGUCUAUCGCGAAACGAUGGCACGCAGAACUUCGGAAGAGAUCACGGCAAUCUGCUUUCGAAAGCUCCGAUACCAUCUUCAGGUUCCUCGACAGCCGGAGCUUCGGACGACAGAAGAGAUCUCACCCCAAAAAUAUCGGACAAACAAGACCCCAAGCCAGACGGAGACCUGCUCCUUUCUUGGAACGCAACUUUCUUGGCAUGGUGGCAAGAGCUGAUAUGGUGCGCCAUCAGCCUCAUAUCAGUUUGCGCUCUGUACAUCCUCUUGCGCCACUACGACAAUAGAAAGUUGCCCGACUGGCCUUCUGGACUCACCCUCAACACAGUAAUCGCUCUGCUUGCGACCGUCGCAAGGUCUGCCUUUGUCAUUCCGGUGUCCGAGGGCCUGUCUCAACUCAAGUGGCUCUGGUAUCGCAAGCAGAGGACCCUGAAGGACUUUCAGGAUUUCGAUGCUGCUAGUCGCGGACCGUGGGGGAGUCUUCAGCUGGUGAAAACCACGAAAGGCUGGCCUCUGAGCGUCAUUUCUAUGGUUGUAUUGGUCACUGCCAUGCUCACUUCCGCUCUGACACAAUCAUCCGUCACCUAUCCCGAGCGCCAGGUUGCCAUCUUGCCUAGUUCUCCCGUUGCUCGUCUAGUUCGAUUUUGGAAUCCCAUGACAGUCAGCUGGUACUCCCCCUACAUCAAAGGCGCAACCUACGACGCCAGCAUCCAAGCCGGCCUCAGCCACGACUCCAACACCCUCUACCCCUUCGACCAGCCCGGCUGCCCCACCACCGAGUGCCGCUGGCGCGUCUUCAGCACCCUCGCCAUCUGCACCAAGAUGUGGAACAUGACCGACCAGCUCACGUACAACUACAACGGCAACAGCAGCCGCUUCGUCAACACCGGCACCCCGCGCAGCCUCUCCCUGCCCAACGGCGCCCUCGCCAACUUCGCCCCGUCCCUCACCGGGCUGGUAAGCCUCAACAACGGGCAGGCAUCCCUCCUCCCCGCCGCCGAGGUGCCGCAGUCGGCCUUCUUCAACUUCACCGCCAUCUUCACCACGACCAAAACCACUGGCGCGAUGGAGGUCAUGUUCUACAUGUGCGCGCAGCGCUACAACGUCUCGGUGCAGAACAACGUCUUCUCGCGGACGCUGAUCCACUCGUCUGCGGAGGUGGAGGAGGGCACAUUCCUGAUGCCGGAGUCGACGACUUCAAAGGAACAGGUGGAGGUCACGACGGAGGCGGUGACGGUGCCGCAGGAGCCCGGGGUGGCGUUCCCAUACGGCGGCACGGCGCUGACGCCUCUGAUCGAGAGCUUGUCCAGCGCCAUGAACGGGACGUACCCCACGACGGAGAACGAGCGCGGCCGGGCGCCGUCGCGGUACUUAAACGUGCUGGAUGUUGUGCGGCGGGAGCGGAACGGGACGGAGAAGCAGCUUUUCGAGGCGGUUGGGAAUGUGACGAAUAAUGUGGCGAGGAGCUUGACGAAUAGUCUCCGUGAUAGCUUGACGACGGAGCAGGCGUACAUCACGGGACAGGCGUAUGUCAGCGAGACUUACGUUAAGGUGCGCUGGUGGUGGAUGACUUUGAUCUCGUGCCAGGUCGUGCUGUCGACAGUCGUCCUGGUAGCUGCGCUAAUUCAGGCGAGGAUGGCUGGAUUGAAUGUGGUCAAGAGUUCGACCUUUCCUGCAUUCUUUGCUAUUGAUUCGUCGGAGAAGAAGAUGCUGGAGACGAGAACGGCCCCGAUGGAUGUUCAAGAGAAGGAUCGAUAUCUAGGGACGAAAGGGCUGGGACAGUGGAGACUACGGAUGCAAGACAACGGCUGGGUGCUUUUACGGGAUCAGAAGGAGCCGGGAUGCUAG